AUGCCAAUGGAAAAGGAGACCCUCCCUCUUCAGAUGCCGAGGGGGGGGAACAGGGCGAUAAAAGACCCCACAGUCCCGAAGCUGGGUAAUUCGGUUGCACCAGCUGCAGGUCCCCCUCGCCCCUUUUCGUGGCUGCUUGGAUCUUCCCUUCCUAUGAGCCAUUCCGGCGAGGAAGCCCUUUCGGACCAUCUCCGAGGUCGGACUUCAGAUGAGGAAGAAAGUCCCGGCGUCUUGGGCGAAAGCACACGGGGACGCUGGCCCCGUCCCAAGGAGUCCCGGAGCGGUGCCGCCGGGAGUAGCCAGCCCACAGGAGCAGCGGGGAGAGGGGCUCCCGGCGCGGAGGUAGCUGCAGCGGCGGAGGCACCCGAGGGGCUGGCCAAGCCCCCUUACUCGUACAUCGCGCUGAUCACCAUGGCCAUCCUGCAGAGCCCGCAGCAGCAGCUGCCUCUGAGCGGGAUCUGCGCCUUCAUCCGCCGGCGCUUCGCCUACUACAGCCAGCGCUUCCCCGCCUGGCAGAACUCCAUCCGCCACAACCUCUCGCUCAACGACUGCUUCGUCAAGGUCCCCCGCGAGCCCGGCAGCCCCGGCAAAGGCCACCUGUGGCGCCUCCACCCGGCCUCGCAGGGUAUGUUUCACAACGGCAGCUUCCUCCGGCGCAGGCAGCGCUUCAAGCGGCCCGCGCCCUCCGCCGCCGGGAUCUUGCUCUUCCCGCCUUCCCCUAGCCCUCUGCUGCCUCCGGCGGUCGGGCCUCUGCCCGCUUGCGCCUCGCCGGCGGCGCCGGAAAGAAGAGCGGGGGCGGUCCGAGGGCCCUUGCAAGCGGGAAACGGACGCCAGGGUCCCGGGGAGGAAGAAAAGCCGCCCCUGGGGGAGAUCGGCCUGCAGGGCGGCGACAGCAGCAGGUGCUCCUUCAGCAUCGACAGCAUUAUGAAGACGGCGCCUGCCCUGGUGCAGCUGAGCGCUUGGAUCCCCUCCCCUGCCACCUGCAACCCCAGCGCGGCUCUGCUCUCCCACCCGGAGCGCUUCGUAGCCUCGUGGAGGACCUUGCUGACUCCCCGCACCGGUCAGGGUCCCGCAGCGCUGUUGGCGGGUCACUCAGAGUUGAUCCUUAGCGUAGAAAGCCCCUCUCCUGCCUUCUAGAUCCGCGCUCCCGAUUCUCUUACUGAACCUGGCCAAUUGCUUGCAGACGGCAGUUUCAAGGACGUGAAGCGAUCAGGGUGGUGGGGUGAAGCACAGCAUCCUACAUAACGAAAAUGUCAUCCUUCUUUCUGGCAGCAACUGGGCAAAGUCUACAUGUGCCCCACAUCUAAGGAUCCGUGUAAUGCAGUGUUCUAAUAUCUAAUCAGAAUUGCAUUGGAGCUCAAUUCACACCAAUGGACUGCUUAUUAAUCGUCAACAUUUUAAAUACAUAAAAACAGAAAUAGAUGACUCCGAUGAAAGGGCUGAAUUGAUAAAGAAGUUCCAUUUUAUUAACAGAAUGAGACCCUUUGAUUUCCAGGUUUUGCAAUUACCUCCUUAUGGCAACAUAUGUUUGUGUUUCCUUCCAGCUCAACUGAAUACUCAUUCCUCUUUUUUCUUCCCCAAAUAUUGUGGGUUAUUCUGGAUAUAGUAUUACUCUAGUCCUUUUCAUCUGCCCUCCCAUGCUACCAAUAUAAUGCUGCAUUUCUUAGUCAUGAUUGUAACCACUCACAUUAAUGUUAUAUAAAUCUUAACAUCCAAACAUGCAAGUUGAUCCAAAGACAGACAAGCUCCAGACAGAGUCUUCCAUUAGUUUUGUUUGUCAAACAUCAACAGGUUACUUAGAGCAACUAAAAAUCGUAACUCUUUUUGCUAUUCCUUAUGUUCUACUUUCAACUUAUUUCAACAUUACUCCUAAUUCUCAACAACUAUAAUUCAUUUUGAACUGAAAAGAUUUCAGUUUGUAUUUCUACUUUAUAUACAUCUCCCAUCCCUUAGUUUAUUCUUGCUAUCAAGCAUCAAAAACGUAUCUUGAACUACAGGUACACAAUUGCCUGUGGCACAGGUGUCAAAUAUAUGUAUUUCUCAUAUGAACGGAUUGCCCUUCUUGGAGGAUAAAUCAGUAUGUAUUAUGCAAUCUGUCCUAGGCCUCAAAAAGUAUCUUAUUUAAUUUAGUUCAGUAAUAUAUCCCACUGCAAAAAUUUCAGGGGUCAGCUAUUAAUACAAUCAAUUUCUAUUCCUGGAAUUGAGGGAUCUCAUUUUAUUAUUUG